UGCUGUUUACACGCAACGAAGAAAAUGAUGUAAUUUGUCUAGCCUUCGUCGCCUUCGUUACAAAUAUUGUAUUCGCGAUGUUUCGUCUUUGUUUCACCGAUGUGUUAAGAACAUUAAAUAAUCAAAAUGUAGCUUCUCAGAGGUUUACCCUAUCCAGUCUUAAGUAUUACCAAAUAAGUUUUUGCCAUACAGCACCUGCUGAAACAGUCGUUCAUCACGGAGCCCAAGGAACCGGGAGAAAUUUGCAUCCUGUCCAAGCAAGAGCUAUCAUCAAUCAAACAUUUGUUUCAGUUUCACAUAAACUGAAACUUCCUUCGCUUAAAGCCAGUUUACACUACAGUUCCAAUCCAUGGCAAAGGAAACUCCAUGUGGAAGACUGUAUUAACUCUUAGAUGGCCAGAAAAACUAAGUUUUGAAGCAAUAGGCAGGAAUAAAAAAGAGGCAGAAGAACUUGUUGCCCAACAAGCUUUGACUGUUCUGCAUGAUUCCAAGAUUAUUUCACCUAGUGGAAAGUUGUUGUGUGAACUAAGCACACAUAGGACUCUUCAGUCAACAGAUAAACUAACUAUUAUCAAUGAUGAUGCAACAGCAGAUGCUAGUGGAUCUUGUAUUAAACAAGAGGAAAUGGCAGCGAUUGAGGCAAAAUUUCCCAAUUUUAAAUCAACCUUGCUUAAUUGUUUUAUGAAGGUUUCAAAUCACAUGAAGAACGCCAAUUUUAUCGCUCGACCGGCUUUCAAGCGUGUGAAAAAUGGAUCAAUUUCCGACUGGCAAGCAAGCUAUAGCUUGAAAUGGCCUGAGCCAAAGGAAUUUUCAGGAAUCGGAACAAAUCGGGCUGAAGCUGAAAAAUUAGCGAUUCUCUCUGCACUUCAUUGGUUGACGGAAAAUAAUUUCUUGCAUCAUAAUGGCUAUCCUAUUUUAUAUUCCAAUGAAGAGCUCAGUAAAAUGAAAAGCGCUGUAACAAGUCCUGCUAUUGUCAAAUUACCUCCAGCAUUGGUGAAUGAGCUUGACGAAAUUCUGAAUGAUUUCAAAAAAAUAAAGCCGUUAAUGGAUGAGGAUCGAAUGUUCUUUGAACGAGAAACUGCAGCCGCAAAUAGCUUGAUUUCAGAAGAUGAAAAGAUGAUGGAGGAGAUUGACGAGGAACGUGACGUGGAUGAAUCCGUUGACAAUAUACCUACAUCGUCAAGUAAUGAAUAUGGAUACAAUAAAGAUGAUGAAUCAUCAGUUGAUCCAAUUACCGGACGUAAAGUCCUACCGCUAAGCUCUGCGGAGAUCAAGCUUUAGUAGUGAAACUAGUUCGUUGU